AGCAAUUGCUCCUGGCACAGACUCGGGCCUCCUCCAUGAUGCAGUAUGGCACAGCAUUUCGCUUUCUAGACCUUCCAAAAGAACUCCGGCUGAUGGUCUACGACCGCAUCCCUUGCGUAAUCGACCACUUGGCCCUAUCAAGGCGCGACUGGUCGUUCUUUGUUAAAAAGCAGCUUCUCCACAGAGAUUUGAAUACUGUACAUGGAGAUGCAGACUCCAAACAAUCCGUUACUCUUGUUGUGCAAACGCCUCCUUCCUCCAUCCUCACCACGUGUCGCACUAUCUACAACGAAGCCUUGCACAUCAUAUCAAGAAGAAGGCAGCACCCAGUUUUAACUCAGCUCAAGAUUCUGUGCGGCGCGGACUUCCUCGAUGUAUUCUCGCAACAGGGUGGUCUUCUGGACAUCAUUCUCAAUUGGACGACGCCUCUAAACAGCUGUGCAGAAGGGCCCCAGGAGCUCAAGACCAACGAGAAGAUUGAAGACUGGCUGCUGGAUUCUGAGCUGGUUACCGUCGAAGACACAAAGCACUUCCAGUAUUUCACGCUCACCCAUGUCAUCAACCAAGUCCAGCAGAACCUCUCCUCCCGGCACGCACUCCCCAUCGAGAUCUCACUCGUCCCUCACAACUUGCACAUGCUCGAACAGUUCAUGGAGAUCUUCUACUGGCGAACGAUGAAGAAACAGGGUAGAGUGACGAUCAAAGUCGGAAUGGCUGGUCCGCAGUACUAUGACAACCCAGUCGAUUCACACAUAUGGGAGGAGACGCUUAGCUACGUGUUGAAGGACCUCGAUGAUGCUAUGGAUAUGCGAAGUUUGGUUUACGGGACAACUAGUGGGAUGAAAUUACUAAGGUCACUGAAGCUGGUAGGGUCGUUGAAGACCCGGUGGGAUGCGGAGUGGAGUAGACAGCGGUAGCCAUGUGUGUAGGAGACCAAACAUCAGUCAUCUCGGGGCCGUUCAUCAUGUAUGAAUAGGUUGUUGGGCUUCAAAAUGCAACGCAACAUAUACAAGCUCUCGCGCCCCGCCUUAGGGCAAUUUAGUCAAUGCACAGUAGGCUGCAAUGCCGUCAGAAGUCUCCGGCUUCCUUCACGAUACUAGACUCGUAGAUCGAGACCUUCUAUGUAUAUGUCUCAGCUUCUAUUCCUCGGCUGAUUCCUCUCAGCACGAAGGAACGCUUCUCCAAAGCUGCCCACCCCCC